AAAAUCUUCUCACCAAAACCACUGACCGCUAGGGUUUUGUAUAUCAUCUGUAUCUAUCUCUAUCUCUAUAUUCUUAUUUCUUCAUCAAGAUGAAUGUUGAAAAGCUGAUGAAGAUGGCUGGUGCUGUUCGCACUGGUGGCAAGGGUAGCGUUAGAAGAAAGAAGAAGGCAGUGCAUAAGACAACAACCACGGAUGACAAAAGGCUGCAAAGCACUUUGAAAAGAAUAGGGGUACAAGGAAUACCACAAAUUGAAGAAGUUAACAUUUUCAAGGAUGACACUGUUAUUCAGUUUUUGAACCCUAAAGUUCAAGCCGCUGUUAAUGCCAACACUUGGGUUGUUAGCGGUCCUUCUCAAACCAAGAAUUUGCAAGAUAUGAUCCCAACCCUUUUUAACCAUCUGGGGGCUGAUAACUUGGAUAAUCUGAAGAAGUUGGCUGAGCAGAUCCAGAAGCAGCAGCAGGCAGCACCAGGUGCGAGUGAUGGCGCUGCUGCUAUGUCAACAAUACAAGAGGAUGAUGAUGAAGUCCCGGAACUUGUUGAGGGUGAAACUUUUGAAGCUGUUGCCGAGGAAGGACAGAAAUCAUAGGAUACUUGUUAUGUUGUUUUUGGGUUUGGUAGGAGCACUUGUCGUUAUGCAUAUGUACGUUUGUUAAUUAAAUUCUGAACUUGCAAGAAGAGGUUUUUAUCUCUUUAUUUAUCUUAUGAGCAAGUCUUUAGACAUGAAUGCAGUUUUUAAUAACAAGUAAUAGCUCCUUUAUUGCCAACAAA